GCUUUUCACGAGCAGACGCGCAUUGUUGGUGCAAACGCUGCCCCUCUACAAAUGCAGGAGGAGUGGGGCCAUGCGGUGGCCGCGGAGGCGCUGCCCGCGGAAGAAGGAGUAGUUAUGGCCGAAGUCCUAGGUGUGGAGGAAGGUGACAAUAUGAGGGAGAUGAUCGUCGGCGAGAUCGUGGAUGAGCGCCCAACGCAAGAUCUUUCUCCGGGUCCGUCGCCGCUGGGCUACAUCGUCAACCGGUGGAAGGCGCACGACGGUGAGCAUCGGGCGGGACGGAUGCUGGGUUUUCGGGGUAGAAACGCCUGCCUCGAGGCGACGUGGGGACCCGGCGGAAACAAACCGGGCGAAGUGCCGUGGGAGCUUUUCCCCGCAGACGAAUGGAACCCAAACACCGGCCAGCGCGUGGCGCGCGGGACGUGGAACCCGCUGCGCGGCAACCACGGCAGUCCGGGGACGUUUUCCCACCAGGGCGGCGGCCGGCUGUACUACAUCGUCAACAGAUGGAAGACGCACGACGGUGAGGGUCGGGCAGGUCUCAUGCUCGGGUUCAAUGGUCAUAACGCCAUCCUCGAGGGGCGGUGGGGGGAGCCGGGGGGCAGGGACAAGGUCGUGUGGGAGCUGUUUCCAGCAGAUGAGUGGGAUCCGCACACCGGCAAGCGCGUGGCACGCGGCUCGUGGAACCCGCUGCGCGGCAACCACGGGACGUCGGGAACGUUCGCUCACCAGGGCGGCGGCAAGCUGUAUUACAUCGUCAACCGGUGGAAGGCGCACAACGGCGAGCAUCGAGCCGGGCGAAUGCUCGGUUUCACAGGUGAGAAUGCUGUCCUCGAAGGGACGUGGGGCCGGCCGGGGGGCAGGGACAAGGUGCCGUGGGAACUAUUCCCCGCGGACGAGUGGACUCCAAUGGGAAACCGUGUGGAACGCGGGUCGUUUAAUCCGCUUCGGGGCGGCCAUGGUAGGAGCUGUAGUCCCGGGGCGUUCUCGCACAGGCUUGGCGACCUGCCAGUGGUCAUACCGCCGGCCACGGAGUGCUGCACCCUCAUGUAA